CUACAUUUGUCAAAUGAUAAGUGUCAAGCGUGGCUAUCCCGUGGUUAUCACUGAUUCCUGUUUUUUUGUGAACAAGUAUAUAAUAUAGUAUAUAGUUAAAAUAUAUCAAACAAACAUGAAAAUACCCGAGAAAAAGCAGCCAAAAAAGCAAAAAAUUAAAAAGAAGCCUAUAACGAAGCCAAAAAAAGAAAAAGUACUUCUCGUAGCCCAAGAAUUUCAAUUUGCGCGUAAACUUUCGGGAAACGAUAAAAAAGCACGCGAUCGUGUACUGAAAACAUUUAAAAAGUGGCUGUUGAAAUUGUUUGAGAAAGGAUGUGAGUUAAGUGAAGAGAGUUUUAUACGAGUAUGGAAGGGUUUGUUCUACGCUGUUUGGAUGUCGGAUAAACCUUUAAUUCAGGAGGAAUUAUGCGACAACAUAGCGAGUAUUCUAGAUCUAUUCUCCACCAAUGAAGUAGCGAGUGCUAUGAAGAUGGUCAAGGCUGGCUUCAAGGUCUUGGCUAGGGAGUGGUAUGGCAUUGACCAACACAGGCUAGAUAAGUUUCUUAUGCUCGUCCGUCGGUACCUCCGCGGUAGUUUCCGGUGCCUACUGCGCUGUGAAUGGAGCUUAGAAAGUUGCAAACUAUUCUCUGAUAUGUUGAGCAAUGAUGACGGUUUGUUGGCGCUACAGAGUCCCGUGUACGCACGUAACGCGCUCUCGAUGGUUCUGCACAUCAUCGACUGUUACUUGGAAGAACUGUCCAAGGUGUCAAAGGGAGUGAUCCCAGACGAAAGUCUGGUGUGUCUCCUGCAACCCUUCCUAUCCCUGGUGUGCGGGGCGAGGGAUGACCGCAGCACUGCAGCUCGGAGGUUGCUGACGGCUCUUGUUAGACAGAGUGAACCCGGUCUGGAAUAUGACAGCAAGACCAGAGCUUGGCAACGGAUGGGGUGUCCAGCAGGAGGACCGGAUGCGUUGGAAUUGGCUUCGGAUGAAGAAGCUGAUGAGGAACAGGCUCCCGAGGAUAUGGAAGAUACGGAGAACGGCCCACUAGACCCUCGCGCGGGUCGCGUCCACGUGAUCCUGCGACCCCUGCCAGUGCCGGCCGCUCUGUUAGCCACUGAACUACGGCGACUGCUCGCCGGCGCCAGCUCCAAGGCUUACACUCGAGCUAGGAUUUGUGCAGAGAGAUUCGAAGAGCUAGCCAAAAAUAACUACCCCCUGAAGGUUCCGGAGACCGACGUGCAAGGUUUGGAACCGAACCUAGAUCGAUUUGAACCAAUGCGGGCCGCUUCACGACUACACAAGUUGGAGAAAACUCUGAUAAACAAAUCUGAUGAACUCGCUUUGAGAGGUCUAAGUCGUAAACAUCGCAAGCGACUCUUAGCCCGGAGUCGCGCUGGACUCAGUCUAGUCGAUGAGAUAGCAGCGCAAACUGAGGCCACUAAUGGAGGUUGGCAAGUAGAAACAACGGAAACAGAUGACAAAGCCAAGAAGAACGAAUCGAAUAAAGAAAAUAAAACUUCCAAGAAGAAAGACAGAAAAAGGAAGCAGAAAGAAGAUGUUACAGUCCCAAGUAAAAAACCUAAAUUAAACAAAACUGAACUAAUCGCUGAGAAUACUAAAAUUAAAAGUAACGAAAAACAAAUAAAUAUCAAAAAAGAUAAACGAAAGAACGAUAAGCCAAAACCAAAUGUUGAAACAAAACCAGAUUCCAUCGCUAAUAAAAAUUCUGAAGGAAAUGACAAAAUGAAAUUGAAAAAAGAUAAACUGAAGAAACAAAAUGAAAAUACGACGAAAGUUCUGGCGGUUAAUAAUGAAAGUAACAAGAAAAAUAACACAGAUAAAGUGUUAAGGAAGAAUGAAAAAGACGCGCAGACGCAAAACAAUAAACCCGUCAAAGAGGUAAAACAAGCAAAUAAAAAAAAAGAAAAUAAAAAUGAACCGAAAAGCAAAGACAAGGUUCAACAGAAACCUACAUUAGUUGUAAGUAAAAUUAAGAACUAUCAAAAACAAGUUAGCCCUAAUGCAAAAAAGGACCAGAGUCCAAAGAAAAAAGUAAUUAUGGAAACUCCGAAAAAAGUAAAAUUUGUACUAAAAAAUAAUUGUAUGCAAGGCACCGUAGAGUAUUACAAAAGUGUCAGACAGAGUCCGAACAUACCGUUUGAUAGCAGCAAACAACCGACUAAACCAAAUCUCAAGCCAUCAACCCCAUCUCCAAUCAAUCCAUUCUUCAAAAAGAAGUUGAAAAUGAAAAAUAAACAAUAAUUUCUUGGGUUAAAUAAAUAAAUUUAAAAAAAUUGAAUUUUUUAUCAGUGAUUAAUACUUAGUGACGGAUUUUUAGUGUAUUGCAUCGAAAUGCAGUAACAAUUUCUUAAAUUAGGUAAAUGACUUGAACAAUAAUCCAGAACAUUUUUACUUUCAAGUAUGUUUCCCUCUACGUUUUCAAAUUAUCUUAAUGGGCAUCAUAUAAAUGAAGAUUCAAUGGCUAGUACUACUAGGUAACAUAAAUAUUGCUUGGGAAUUGUCGCGAGAAAUAUUUAUGCAAUUAUCGUCAAUUAACAAUUUUUAAGUGAUCACCAUUGCUGCCUCGGCAGACUUAUGUUAAGGAAAUUUAAGUGUUUCUUAUAUGUUUUGUUAUAUUUAUUAAAUAUCUUACACAAUACAGUAA